ACUCCUAAUCUUCCAAUAGAUUAAAUAUCUUCUUCAGUGUGGUUGGUUUGUCACUUUGCUAUGAACUCUCUAUGGUUUGUCUUAAAUGUUCUACGUGUUAUAUAACUGUCCACCGUUUAUCCUCUCAAAGCAACCCACUUGUUUCUUUUGUCAGCUUUUGCUUCUGUGCCUGGUAAAGAAAUUAUGAGUCCAAAGAAAUGGUUUAAGGCGAUUAUUAGAUUGAGGAAACCGAAGGAAGAUAAAUCGAAACUAGCAAAGGUGCAAUCUACCCCUGAAAAAUCAAAUGAGUCCUCCGAGGAGAAACAAGAAGACACUCUUGAAGAGGCACUUAGCAUUCCUAGUGAAGGUUUGGCGGUAGAAAGGACAGUUCCCACGAGGUUGAUAGAAGAUAUUGCUGCUACUCGGAUUCAAAAUGCAUUUCGUGCAUUUUUGCAGGCAAGAAGAACAUUGCACCAUCUAAGAGGAGCAGUGAAAUUUGAGGCUUUGAUUCAAGAUCACAUGGCCAGAGAACAAACAGUAACUGCUCUAAACUACAUACAUACUUGGAGCAGAAUGCAGGACCAGAUUAAAGCUCGCAGACUCUAUAUGAUAACAGAAGCCAGGAUUAAGCAAAAGAGAUUGGAAAACCAGUUAAAACUUGAGGCCAAGAUUCAUGAGCUCCAGGUGGAAUGGAGUGGAGGCUCUGAAACAAUGGAAGAGAUACUUUCCAGGUUACAUCAGCGUGAAGAAGCAGCGGUUAAACGAGAGCGAGCUAUGGCAUAUGCCUACUCUCAUCAGUGGAGGCCCAAUUGCAGCCAGUACUUGGGCCAUGCUACUUACAGCCUAGGGAAGGAGAGCUGGGGUUGGAGCUGGAAGGAGAGGUGGGUAGCAGCCCGUCCUUGGGAAAUUCGGGUUCGUUUUCAGGGCCCCAUGACAAAGAAAACCAAUGGCCAGCCACAGAGAAGCAAAGUAGACAAAAAAGACCACAAUUAUAAUAAUAAUAAUAAUAAUAAUAAUAAUAAUAGAAAAGUGCCCUUGUCUAAGCCUGAGUUGUCAAACGGAAAAGAAAACAACAAUAUUCCAGAGCUGUCUUAGAACAACACUAAAUAAACCACGCUGUCACCUGUGUCAGCUAUGGUGAUUAAUCAAUUACUUGACGUGUCCCUUGUAUGGCACAUCCUUUUUAUUUAUCGUAUUUCUUGUCCUUCAUUUUACAUUUUUUUUUCAUAUUUGGCUUGAAGAAAGUAUAUAACUGAUGUGUGUACAUUAAAUUAGGAGACUUGUAAUUUUGUAUUUUCAUGAUCAGUUAGAAACAUGGAUGAUCUUCGCAUCUUCCCAAUGCCAUGUCUUUUUUAAUGGUUGAAACAUGAGAAUGGUCUACUACUAUCCUCUGCAAUUCAAGGCAUGACUUUAAAUUGUAUCGCAGUAGUGGUUGCGGUUUCAA